GCUUGAGAAAGGCCGUGUGAUGCAGUUGGGCACCAUGCACUGAUCCCUGUGCUACGGUGGGUAAACUCUCUCCUCUUGGCUUGCCACAACAUCGGAGGACUUCAAACAAGUUGCCAUGACUUCCCAGUGGGAAUGCGAGAGGAGGGGGCAGCAAUGGACCAACCAAAGUUGGAAGAUCUUGACAGACGAGUUGGGUCAGGAUGUCUUCAGAGAAAAGAAACAACAGCAGUCGAAGCAAACCGACAUAAUGGAGAUGCCCAAAACCUCGUCUACGUCCAAGCUCAUUCUGAGCGCCAGGAUUGAAAAAUUCAAGAUGGUGGCUCGGGCUGCAGCCUUGAAGGGUAAAAGGUUAUUCGAUAACGUCGGAGUGGCCGGUGCAGGGUACGCUGUGGUUAUCCCCAAUCCACUGGUUCCAUCGAACGAGUUCUUCAAACCUGGCAAGGUCUUUCAAGUCCGCUUACACCACACCAAUACUAGGUCAGAUGACGAUGCAGCUGUGGAUAUGAGAGGAGCUGAGCUGAAGUUUGAAGACGUGGACGGCCCGAGCCAGUGUGACCUGGUCAUGCACACGGGAACCAUGUCCCCCUACUGGGACAUCCCAUCGUUCGAGGACUUCGUGGGCGCUGUCCGUCAAGGUCCAACUGCUCUCAAAGACUGGUGUUUCAAGUUCCCAAUGAAUUACUACUGUCUCGUGGACUCGGUGCGUCGGGCCCCAACCUCCUUCAGUAAUCUGAACUACUACAGCAGGCUAGCCGUAAAGUUCGAGGCCAAGGAUGGCGCACUCCGGUAUGCAAAAUUCCGGCUGAUUCCGGACGAGCAGCAGACGGAAUCCGGACUUCUACAUCCGGAAGAUCAGGAAAGGGCAUGGGAACUAGGCAGGCAUUCAGAUGAGACUAGACCGAAGGACUACCUUCGGCAGGAGUACGUCAACCGACUGAGGUGGACACCCAUCCGCUAUCGUCUGCAGAUCCAGCUUCAUGAAUGGAAGGACGGAGAUACAUUCAACACAUUAAAUCCCUACAGGAUCUGGAGUCCGAUCCUGCACGUCUGGACAGACCUGGCCGUGGUAACCAUCACCACGCUCCUGUCAGACGCCACCAUGAACAGAACAACAUUCAACAUCGCCAACCUGCCGCCGUCCAUGAGCUUCCCAGAGCCCAGUUCAAUCUACGACUACAACAGUUUGGCCAAGAUGUAUGCUGCGGUCCAGUCUGUGUACAGACCAUCAAUCAUCAAAAACCCUGCCCUUCAAAACGGUCCAGCCAAAUACGAAUACGUGAAGUAUAAAAUAGAAGUCACAGUUCGCCAUAUUGUAGGGAGCAACAAGGGCAUUCUGAUCAGCCUGACCGGGCCCUGGACGCGCACGGAGCCGAUCCAGAUAGGGCAAGGCAUCGGUAAAAGCAUCGCUGCAGGGAGAAGGCAAAUCCUCGAGGUAGAGGCCUACGACAUUGGCGAAGUCGUGCUGGUGUCCAUCGAGAAGAUUAAAGAUGACGACAACAGUGACUACUUCAUCGAGAACGUGCAUGUCCAUGACGUUCAGAGAGGGCUGAAGUUUGAGUUCCCGGCAUAUCGAUGGUUGGGGAAACGCCUUACUCUCAGGAGAGGGGCAGUUUCCUUGAACGACGGAGCGAAGGGAGAUCUUGAAGCGCUCCACCGCCAGUUGGAGCUUUGGGAGGGUUUCGACAAGUACAAAUGGUCUCACGACCAGCCGGCCUUUCCCGGCGGUCUCAACAUGUCCAGAAUGCCACACGACGUCAGGCGAGACAGCGAGAGACUGCCAGAGUUCCGGAUUCAAAAGGGAAGCAGCAUUUUCGCAUCCCAGAUCGCGAAGAGUCUUCGGGACUACGAGCAGCUGAUGGAGUCUGCAGUAAAGGAGGUGCCCGAGUUCAUCCAGAACUGGAAGUCAGACGAGGAGUUCGGACGACAGUUUCUGAACGGUGUCCAUCCACUGGCUAUCCGGCGGUUCGACAAAGUGCCGCCAAAGUUCCCCAUGACGGCGGGGCGACUGAAGGAGAUGCUGGCAAAGGACAGAGGGUGGAGUUUGCGCCAGGAAAUUGCAGCUGGACACAUGUACUACGUCGACUGUUCCUUGAUGAAGGGACUGAGUCCAAACGUUCUCGGAACAGAGGUGUUCUAUCACGCGGCGCCCAUAGCACUCUUCCACGCCAACAGUAAGGGGCAAUUCGUCCCCGUGGCCAUUCAGCUGUACCAAGGCCCUGGUCCCGACAAUCCAAUAUGGACACCAGAUGACGGAGAAUACGAGUGGAUGUUGGCGAAGCUCUUCCUCCGCAACUCUGACGCACAGAUUCACCUCAACGUCUCCUACUACCUGCAAUCUCACCUCCUCAUGGAAGCGUUCGCCGUGGCCCUCUUCAGGAAGUUGCCAUCACCACAUCCGGUGUACAAGAUCCUUGCGCCGCACCUUCGUCGGGUUCUGGCCAGCAAGGCCCGACUUCGCGACCUGGUGACCGGAGACGGGUCCGUGCUUGACGAGAUCUGCUCACUGUCAGCCAGCGGCAGGAAGCACCUGAUCGCCACAGCGUUCCGUGAUUUCCACCUGAGAGACCUGCAUUUUCCCGCCAUGAUGGCAGACAGAGGGAUUGACGAUCCCUCUAAACUUCCAGGAUACUUCUACCGGGAUGAUGGCUUUCGGCUGUGGAAGGCCAUUGAGAGGUUCGCCGAGGAAACCCUCCGAAUCUACUACAAAAACAACACCUUCAUAACAUCGGACAAGGAGCUGCAAUCCUGGAUCAAAGACGUCCGAAACAAUGGGUUCAUGCGUGAGUCGCAAGGAGAUAAAGGAGUUCCCAAAGUGCUAUACACCGUUAAAGAGUUGGUGGACGUGGUGACUAUCGUUAUCUUCACCUGCUCUGUUCAGAACCGCGCACUGACUGCUGGGAUGCGCGACCUGGCCACCUGUCUUCCCAACAUGCCUCUGGCUCUCAGACAGUACGGGUUUGCCAGGCAGGCGGACAAAGCAGAGGAGAGUGAGAAAGAGAAGAGCAAGAAGGAGGAAGAAAAGGACCAACUCAUCGAUGAAGAUGGGUUCGUGAUGGCAACGCCUGGUGAGCCAGAUCUCUUGAAGAAGAUUCGUGGCACGUACCUGGACGAGGAGAAGGACUUCAAGGAUAUCACCAAGGCUACGUUUGAAGACAUCAUGGCGGCUCUUCCCGACAAAAUCGUCGCCAGGAAACAAAUAGACUUCGCUUUGGAGAUGUCGAAGCUACCAGAAGAUGAGGCCUUCAUCGGUGAGUACAGAGACUGCCUCUUCACAGAGGAUAAGGCCCAAGCAGCUGUGCUGAAGUUCCAGGUGUCAUUGCGGCAGAUCUCCAACAGCAUCAAACUGCGGAAUGAGCGGAGCGGGGAAUACGAAGGGCAGGAGUUCACCGUUAACAUGUUCUACGAAGAGGACGACGACGCUACACAAGUGGAGUGCACACAGGUGAUGCGAGAAAAGACGGAGAAACCAGAAGAGCAGCCCUACACAUACCUUCUUCCGGAGCAGAUCCCAUUUAGCGUUUGUCCGUAGGAUGAUAUUGGACAAGUCUGUAUAAUUGUAGUUACCAUCUGUGACGGCUCGAUACCGCUUAUGCUUCGUCAUGCUUUUACAAUUUCAUGAGAGAUAAUUCGAGCUGCUAUUGUGACCAUGCGUAUAUAUAUAUGUAUGAGUCAAUACUAACAGUUUGUUUGCUCUUGUUGUGGCUUCUAACAGCGAAGCAGAGUCAUAUUUAACGUUAUUCACUGAUUCAAUUUGGCAUAGCUCCACAUGCCUGUCAAGUUUGCCACAAAUCACACCACGCUCCAAGGACAGGUCUAUAUAUGAUGUUAGUGAUUGGAAAUGCUCGGCCGAAUGACGAAAAUACCAUUAGACUGAAUCGAAAAAUGGGAAUCUGUAAAUUGUUUGGGAAGAUACAUUUGUAUUAGAACAAACAGAGAACAAUUGUUUCCUUUUCACUUCCACAUGUAGUUCCUCAGAAAGGACCUCCCAUUAGUGGUAUGAUGUGGCACUACCUAUCACAUAUCCACGUUACAUUCGGGCGUAACAACUGGCGGAAGUCACCUUUUACAAGUUCAUGAUUGACUUUGAAUAGUGCCUAGUAAGAUUUUGAAAUAUAGUUUAAUCUACAUGAUAUUUUCACUAUAUAUAUAUUCAAAAGGGUUUAUUUUUCUUGUAUUUUAGACUAUAAGUACUAUCUGAUAACCCUGUGUUGAUAUGAAAUAUAUGUAUCAGAUGUAAUUGAUGACUAACCUUAAAUAUCAUUAUAGUACAUCAAACAUCCCUAGCUAUGUAACCAUGCACAACUUAGAAUAACUUCCAGACGAGUACGCAACGGAUGCAUUGAUAUCGAGCAGGGCAUAUUGGUGUCACUGUAUUGAAUGUAUGUAGCACAUCACAACUUAGCUUGGCCAUUAUUUGGUUUAUGGGCCUUCAUCACUUAUUAAUAAGCACUUAUAUCAAACUUAUAAAAUUAGUCACUGUACAAAAAAAGAAUUAUAUUCAGUGAUAACAUCUUAUAAUUGACAUUAGUCUUAUAAGUAGUAAGUGUAUUAGACAUUUGCUACAAUUCAGCAGAAUAUCAAAGGCUAACGUAACGAUAGGUAAACGAUCCAGAAAUGCUCAAGUAGUUUUAUCUAAAUGCAAGCUGACUAUCAUUACGUAUCAUACAACAUACUGUAAAAAGGUCAAUCAUGGAAAAUAAAUAUAAAUGAUCUUACGACG